AUGUCAGCAAACAACACACUGGAAGUUGACGAUGAUAGUUCCAAUGUAAACGACAAAAGUCUUCCCACCACAACUUCCGUUCUUGACAAAAGCAGAAGUCUCUUCGGAAAUUCAUCUACUGUGUUGUCCAAACCAGCUAAAGAAACCACGCCUGAUAGGAACGAGGGAGAACCAAGUGUAGGUACCGAGCCAUCCGUUACCAUGGAGAAGCAAGAGCAUGCUGGAGAUACUACUUCGAUCGAAGGAACGGAGCGUGUGAGCGCUGGUGCAGCGUCCAUUGCAGACGACGAAUCGAUGGAUACAACGGAGCCUCAAGAGCCGCCGAAACCCGAUUCUGUCGACGAAGUGGAAGAAUCUUUUGAGAAAAAGACAAUCAGUAUGGAUACAAGUGACGCUGCCGAAAACAACAAAGAGGAUGAAGUUGAGGAGAAAGAACAGAACAAGGAUGAAGAAGAAGGCAAUGUUGAUGCAGACACAGAAGUGGAAAAAAUGGAAGUUGAAGUUGAAGGAGAAGAAGAAGAGGAUGACGAGGAAGAAGAAGUGCCGAAGAAAAAGGCAAAGAGAACCGCUGUUUCGGAUGAAGACGAGGAAGACAGAACAGACGAGCAAAGCGGCGAAGCCAGUUCUGGUGAUCAAGUCUUAUCUUCGGAGUCAAACUCUCAAGCUUCCCCAGUCAAAGCCAGUGGCGCAAGUUCACCUGCUCCUCUGCAAGAACGUUCUCCAGCUUCCUCUCAGAAAGUUUUGGCAGAACAAUCAAACGGAGCCUCAACUGAGCAAGCAGAAGAAAGUGAUGAGGCACCAGAAGACGCACCCGUAGAAGAAGAAGAAGAAGAAGAAGUUGAGGCGGCAUCGGAAACCAUGCCCACAGAAGAUCAGGAAGAUGUCGACACCGCAGAAACGGUGCCUGCUGAAGAUGAAGUGGCUGAUGAGCCAGAAGCUACUGCACCCGCUGAAGUUGAGGAAGGUGAUGAGACAGCGGAAGGACAAGAAACCGCCGACGAAGACAAUGAGGUCGCAGAAACAGAUGGUGAGAUGACGAUCGCAGAAGAAGAGCCAACGUCAUCCACACGAAGCGGUCGCUCCAAGAGAACGUCGACUGCUGCUCCAACACCAACUUCCACUGCCACCCCAAGACGUGGACGAGGCCGUCAAUCCACUGUGAAGACACCCGCUGAAGACACCAAGAAAGACGCAACGCCUGCGCGACGAGGCCGUUCAUCGAGAGGUGCAGAGAAAAAGGAAGAGCAAGUCGCACAAGAAGAGCCAGAAGAGCAGGAAGAGGAAGUCCAAGAAGAAGUUCCAGAGGAAACACCUAAACGGGGGCGUGGUAGACGCUCUGUCGCAGCAAAACCACAAGAAGUUGUAGAAGUUGCGGAAGAAGAAGAAGAACAAGUAGAAGAGGAAACACCCAAAAGAAAAGGACGUGGAAGACGCUCUGCACCGACGAAGGAGGAGGUUGAAGAAGUUGCGGAAGAGGCCCCUGAGGUUGAAGAUGCUGAGAAAGAGACUCCAAAACGGGGGCGUGGAAGACGUUCAGUUCAGACGCCUUCCUCGUCUGCAAGUUCCGCUCCACGUUCCGCCAGAGGGAGAGGUAGAAAGACAAAAGUUGAGGAACAAGUGGAUGAAGAGCCUGUUGUUGAAGAAGAAGAACAAGAAGUGGAGGAGGAAGAAGCAAACGAUACCACCGAGAAGCCAAAAACUCCGAGAGGACGAAAAUCUGCAGCCAAGCCAGAAGUUGAAGAGGAAGAAGCUCCAGAAACACCUGAUGACAAAGAUGUGCCAACUUCUUCUCGUAGAUCGGCUAGAUCAACAAGAGGAAUUGCAAAACCACAUCCCACGACACCUGCGGUAACCAACAAACGAACUCCAGCUCGUGGUAGAAAGAAGGAAGAGUCGGUUACUGAGGAAACCAUUGAGGAAGUUGAUGAGCCCGUUGAAACACCGCCUGCAAAAAGAGGACGUGGUGGAGCAUCGAAAAGUGGUCCAAGUCCCAGUAAGAAGGCUGGUGGUCAUGACCCUUACGAUAUGGACACGGAGAUGGAACAUCACCCGGAGCCAUUAAAAAGGAUUCAUAUGGAGGUUCAAAAUUUUGGUACUGUCAAGUACGCAUCAUCUGGAGCUGAAUCGAAAUAUGCAAAGUUUGAAUCAAUUGCCGAAUCAAGAAUUGGCGAUCUUCAAUCAUCCUCUUCUUCGUCGUCCUCAAAUAACCGUCGCUCUCUUGCCGACAUGACUCCAGGUAAAGAUAAACCAAAGUCAAGAGGAACACCUGGAACUGGAAGAAAGCCGCGCGCGAAGAAGGAGGAGGCUCAUCAAAACGAUGUCGAGAUGGAAGAAGCAACUCCAGCUGAACCUUCCGCAGCUCCGACUCCAUCGGGCCGUGGACGCAAGAGAAAGAGCGAAGCUUCUGAACAGACGUCGCCACCUGCCAAAAGAGAGCAGCAUGUUGAACUGAAAGAGUUGGACUGUGAGGAGCAACUUCGAGUUGAUCACCCACAAGACGACAAUGAGCCACACGCUCCGGGAGCUCGUGUCUAUGCCAUCUACCAAAAGGCGUUCUAUCCGGCUGUUAUUCUUUCGGAACGCGAUGGUCUCGGACGUUACAAGAUUCAAUUCAUUUCCGAUAAACUUGUAAAAGAUGUACCAAAUUCUGGUAUCAUACCUCUUCGUGUGUUAACUAUUGGCAAAAUUGCAAUCUAUAACGAGGAAGAUGUUCGUUUGGAAGCAACUCCGAAUGAUAUCAGUGCUGCUGAAUGGGCGAAAGGAAAAGUGACAAUUUCAAUGCUUGACGAUGAAGGCGAUCCAACAGAUGACGUGAAAACUGUCGAGUGGAAGGAUAUCUCGUUCGAUCAAAGCGAAUGGCGUGAUUAUAUCAAAAAUUUGGAUCAAAAUGCCACCGCAAUCGUUACGUCCAACAUCACGACUAUAGCGGAAGCUUCUCGUGCUCGUAAACCAGUCCCUGCACCUCAGAAGCCAAAACCAAAGCCGCCAGCACGCAAGAAGAAAGAAGAGGAAGUCGUCGAAUCCAGAGGCGCUUCUAUGACUCCAGCAGACGAAGACGAGGAUAGAGUUCUUCCAAUGAAAGAGGAAGCUAUCGGAAAGAACAUUUUCGCCGGAAAAGUGUUCAUGCUCACAUCAGCGAAUCGUUCAGGACUACAGAAUGUGUCUUCGAUGUUCAAGAAGAAGAAUCUCAUGACAUUCAUCAGUGAGAACGGUGGAGUCGUUACAGAACAACUCAGCGAUCGUCACGCCGAUCUGGAACCUCUUCUUAUUUCCGACACUUACUAUCGUACACACAAAUACUUGGCAGCACUAGCUCGUGGUAUUCCAUGCGUUAGCAAUCAGUGGCUGCAAGCCUGCGGAGAAGAGGGAGAAUGUCUCGAUUACGAAAAUUACAUUCUGCCAGCCGGUGCCUCAAUUUUCGAAAACGACACGGACAUGCCAGCACCGAAAAAUCCAUCUGAACUCCUAAAAGGAAAGGCAAUCUACGUUCACUCAACUCAUACGGCACGUGAAAACACCCAAGUUGGACCUGGCGGGACUUUUAUUGAGAUCUGGAAGCCAAUUUUGGAAAUGCUUGGUGCCACAGUCAUCGAAUGUGAUUGGGCCACCCUUGACGAAAUUGAGCUCAAGUUCGAUGUUGCUCUGGUCGAUGGAACAUUCCGUGAAGAAGUGAUGAGUUACGCAGACAAGAUUGGGGCGGGAAAAGUCACCUCGGAAUGGGUCAUUCAGACUAUAAUCUUGGGCAAGGCCCCUGAUCCGACAGCGCAUUCGAAAUUCGACCCGUACCGUCUGCACCAUCGAGCCCACCAUUAA